AUGACUGGAAGAUUAUCUAAGGAAGACAAAGGCAAAGGCCUUGCUACUGAUUACUAUCAAGCUCCCCGGAAACCUUCUGUCAGAGCCCAAGCUCCAGAUAAUGCAACGCUCCCCCAAAAGUUCUCCCUCACGCUGAUUGGUAGGGUAACGAACCAAACAGCUCAAAAGGUCUGGUCUCUAAUCCCCUUCUUCACUGAGCUCUGGAAGUCAGAUACCAGACCAGUUGGAGCAGAUCUUGGAAACGGUUUGUUUCAGUUCCAGUUUGAGAAAGAGGAGGACCUUCUAGCAGUUCUUGAGAAAAGACCAUACCACUACUCUAGAUGGAUGGUUAUUGUCCAGAGAUGGGAGCCAACAGUAUCCAAAGAAUUUCCAGCUUUAAUUCCUUUUUGGAUCAAAGUUCAAGGUAUUCCAAUCCACUUAUGGAGAGAAGAAACUGUGGAAGACCUGGGACGCAACUUAGGAAUUUUUGAGAAGCUGGAGAUUACAAAAACUUCUAUGAAGAUGAGAGUCCAAAUAAAUGGUCUCUUACCGCUAAUAAAGUCUUCAGUCAUCGAGUACAAUAAUGGCGAUGAGGUUACUGCAACCUUUGUCUAUGAAAAACUGGAGAGACAUUGUUCCAAGUGUCUCCGUUUAGACCAUGAACUUAAAGACUGCUUAGUUGCUAAGCACCAAGACAGAGAGGCUAAAGCAACUGGAGCAAAAAACAGAGUUACCAAUGAGGAAGGGGGCUCUCUGAAUCAAGGGGAAACUCGAAGAGCUGAUUCUGAUGUUUAUCAUUUCUCAGCAUCAAACCCCAAUGGGGAGGAAUAUAGAAGGGGACGUAGUUUUGAUCCCAGAGGCCCACGAUAUGAUGCGAGAAGAACCCUAGAUGACAGACGUCGAUAUCGCUCCAGCUAUGACAAAAGUAGCAGAGGAUACUCUAGAGAAGCAUCCAAAGAGAGACAAAGAAGCUAUGGUAGUAGGUCAUCCCAACCGAGGGAGCCUAAUUAUCAGUUUAGGGAAGUCUCCUCUCGACCCCCGCGAGAUGAUAUUGAUCGAAGAGAUUAUAGAGGUCGCUCCAUGACACGAAGGGAAGAGCAAAACAGAUCAAAUGAGAACUGGUUGAGCCCCGACCACUCAAAUCUCAACUUGGAACGACAAACUCAUAUUCCACAGGAAACUCUCAAGGUAGCCAGAGAGGAAGUAAGAGAAGCUAUGCUUCAAUACACACAAGUUGCAGAUCCAACGGAAAGUGCAGCUCGAAGAGAGCGGAUGCGACUAGCAGAGGAGAGGAUGGAAGAGUCUGCUUUGCGUAUAGCCUCGAAAGCAGCUCUGAUGGAGACACUUAUUGGCGGGGAAGAAACUACGGCUGAGAAAGACCUCUCUGCGGAGCGAAUUCCAGCUCCUCUUAGGCUGGGCUCACCUAUGGUACACAAGAAAACAGGGGAGAACAUAAACUUAGGGGAUAAUUCUGCCCCUGAAGGCACAAUUUCCGAAGGAAGGAUCCCAGCUGCACUUAGACUUGGACAAACUAAGCCAACAAGGCGACCAGGGGAACAGAAGGAGAUUACAGUAAAGCGAAAGCCGGGUCGUCCACCUGGAAUCCGCAAGGUUCAACUCAGCCCAAACCAACUAGCCGGCUCUAGCUCUAGGAAAAGGAAGACCCAACAAACAAAGACUACGCCGGUACGAAGAAAGCUGAACACAGCGGAGGGUAAGGAAAAGAAACAGAACGCUAGAGCUAGAGCGACAAACUCUCGGGAAGCAGGGAGCUCAGCAAACUCUGACGACCAACCUAUCUGCAACAUGGUUCCUGCGAUCUCGAAGCGAAGGAUGGAUUUUCGAAAUCCAUCUCCUCUCGGUCCUUAA